AUGAGGUUACUCCUUUUACUUCUCGCAAAUAUAGGAAUUAGCUGUGAGUUUGGAUUUUUGAAAUUAAUCAAUAAUUGUUUUGAUUCAGAUGCUGCCCUGGGCGCAAUGACAAUUGAUUUUGGAACACAAUUUUUGAAAAUCGGAAUUGUGAAACCAGGAAUUCCUAUGGAUAUUGCAUUGAAUACGGAAUCGAGGAGGAAAACUCCAAAUGUUGUUAUGCUUCAAGAUGGACAUAGAACUUUUGCUGAUGCUGCAAUUGGUUUGCAAAUCAGAUAUCCACAUUUAGUUUUUGGAAAUUUGAAUGAUCUAAUUGGCAAAAACAAGGAUCAUCCUUCAUUCAAACAUUUUGCUGAGCGAAAUACUUUAUACAAUUUGGCUGACGCGCCGAGAAAUGAAUCUGGAAUCAGUUUCCAAAUUGGGUAUGUUUUUUUUUUGAGUUUGGAAAAAGAAACUUGUAAAACAUAAGUAUUCAAUUUUGAAAAUGGAAUAAUUUUUUCCAGAGAUUCUUCUUAUUCUGUUGAAAUGCUUUCUGCUAUGAUUUUCGCCAAUGCCAAGAAAUUCACCGAAGAACACGCACAAUCUCAAAUCAAUGAUGUUGUUAUAACUGUUCCUGUUUAUUUCACACCAUCUGAAAGAUUAGCUGUUGAAAGAGCUGCUGAAAUGGCUGGAUUGAAUGUUUUGCAAUUGAUCAAUGAUGGAACUGCCGCUGCUUUGAGUCACGGAAUUUUCCGACGAAAAGAAAUCACAGAAAAAGCACAAAGAUUAAUGGUUUAUGAUAUGGGAGCCGCAAAAACAACUGCGACUUUGGUGGAAUUUGUUCUUGUCAAAGAAAAAUACGAAAAAGUUCCGAAAAUGACCGUUCUUGGAGUUGGCUAUGAUAGAAGAUUGGGAGGAAUUGAGAUGACAAAUCGACUCAAAAAUCAUAUUAUUGAUUUGUUCGAAAAGACUUACAAACCAAAAACACCGGUUCGAGAAAAUCGCAGAGCAAUGGCAAAGUUUGCGAAAGAAGCUGAACGAUUGAAACAAGUUUUGUCGGCAAAUGCUGAACAUUUUGCACAAAUCGAAAGUGCUCAUGAAGAUAUUGAUGCGAAAUUACGUGUUACUCGAGAUGAUUUUGUUGGAUUGAUUAGUGAUUUGGAGGAUAGAAUUGGAGAACCGAUUCAACAAGCAUUGAGAAUGGCACAAAUGCCUAUUGAAGAUGUAAGUUUUAUUGAUAGGAGACUUAUUUAAGGAUGAUACACUUUCAUUUCUCAAAACUCAUUGUAAAACCUAACUCUUUCAAUCUAAUUUUUUAGGUUGAUCAAUUUGUUCUUAUGGGAGCUGGUACUCGUGUUCCAAAAGUUCAAGAAGUUAUACAAAAAGUUCUCGGAAGGUUGGUUUUUUAUUUAAUUUCCAAAUGUUUUUUUUCUCAUUUUCUCUCUCCCGCACACUCACUUCUAUCUUUGUUCUCUUCUCUUUUGUAAUGUUUUUCUUCUUUUCUGCUGCCAUGUCAACUUGGCGCAGUGGUAGGAUUUUGAGUUUGGAAGAAAAUAGUUGAGAGUUCGAUUCCUCAUGCGUGACUCAACACGGACUUGUUGCUUUAUCGACAGUUCGCCUGUUAAUCACGCUAUAAAAAAUAAAUAUGGCGUUUUCGCUAACACCGUGCCCUAUGGCCGGAGUUUGAUAGUAGGUCGCUGUACAAUUUUUGUUUUCAGAUUUUUAUUUUUGAAAAUAACGUUUAUUUUUCAGCAAAGAUAUUGGAAAAUUCUUGAACACUGAUGAAGCAAUUGCGAUGGGAUCUCUAUUCCAAGCGGCUCAUCUCAGCAAAGGAUUCAAAGUCAAGCCAUUCAAUGUUGAAGAAAAAGUGAUUUUCCCAAUCGAAGUUCAUUUUGUUAGCAAAACCACAGAUGAAAAAACAUCAGAAGUUCAAGUGAAAAAUGUUGUCAAAACUUUAUUUGCUGCCAAUUCUGUUUAUCCAUCAGGAGUUAAAAGUAUUUCACUCACCUCAUACAAUGAUGAUUUUUCGAUUGCUUUGAAAUACGGAAAAAUCGAUGGAAGUUUGUCGAAGACACAAUUGAAUGAAUUUGGAACACUUUUGGAUAAUCUGGUUGAUCUUCAAAUAAAUGGAUUGAGCGAUGCGUUGAAAAAUCGAAGUGAAGAGGAGACUGAAUUCAAAGGUGUGAAAGUGUCAUUCCAAUUAGAUGCAUCUGGAAUUGUUCGAGUCAAAAAAGCUGAAGCAACAAUUGAAGACAAAGCUGGAAUUGUUGGAGGUUUGUUUUUGUAUUGAUUCUUAGAUCUAGUUAAUAUUUGAAAACAGAACAAGGAUUAGGAUUAGGAUCGUAUAUUAGAAGUGGUUGGUUAUAGUUUGAAACAUCUAGGGUGCAUGCUCACAAAUAUUGUAAAUACAAUAUUUUAUUAUUGUCACUGAUUUGGAAUUUAGCACACUUCUUUAGCUUCGGGUUAUCUUUUCAAUGGUAGAAAAUCAAAAAAUGAAUAAAAUAUUUUUUAGCUAUCACUGAUACGUUGAGUGGAUUAUUCACAACUAAAACAGAAGAAGGAGAACCAACUGAAACUGCUGGAAAAUCCGAAGAAGAAUCAGAAGAGGAAACAGCAAAAGUAGAAGAACCAGAAGCUGUUGUUGUAAAUGCGACUCAAGCCAAUGUUACUGAAACUUCUGAUUCUGGAAACUCGACUGUAAAUGGAACAGAGCCAGUUUUGAAAAAGAAGAAAGGACCAUCAGUUAUUCGAUUGAGAGUUUCAGCAACUUGGCCAUCUGCUUUUGUUCCAAACAAAUUUGAUGUUGAAGAUGCGAAAGAACGUCUCGAAAAGUUUGCGGAAUUGGAAAGAUUGGCUGCCGCGAGAGCACAAGCUGAAAAUGAACUUGAAUCAUUCAAUUUUGAAGCAUCUUUGUAUUUGGAAGAAGAAGACUUUGUGAAAUAUGCAGCGGAAGAAGAAGAGAAAAAUAAAUUGACAACUGAAAUUGCUCGUAUUCGAAGUUGGUUGGAGGAUGAUGUGACGAAGGAUACACCAACCAAAGAAUUCACGGAUAAUUUGUUGAUUUUGAAAAAUAUUGUUCGAAGUGUUAAGAAACGAGCGGAAACUGCAAAGCAAUUGCCAUCGAAAAUGAAGGAUUUGGAACAAUUAUUAGAAACUUCUUAUAGUUUAACAAAAAUGGGUGAAAAUGUUGAUGAAUCGAAAGCGUUGUUCAAUAAAACUGAUCGAGAAGCUUUGGCGAAAAAAUUGGAUAAAUUGAAAGUUUGGGUGAAUGAAAAGAAGGAACAUUUAGAGAAAAAGAAGGAUUUUGAAGAUUUUGAUUUUACUGUUAAAGAUGUCACAUCAAAGGUUUGUUUGGUUUUUUUUCAAAAAUUAGAUGAAAGAAAAAUAAUGUUAAUUUCAGACAAAUGCUUUGAAUCGUGAAGUUGAUAGAUUCAUGAAAAAGAUGAAGAAAAUCACAACUUUGGAUGAUUUAUCAAAGGAUGGUAAAAUUGAUAUUGAUGAACUUGUUAUGGAAGCGGAAAAGAAGAAAGACGAGGAGGAAAAGAAGAAGAAAGAGAAGACUUCUGAAGAAUCUACAUCUACACCGCCUCCAACUACAGAAGAACCAAAGAAAACGGAAUUAUAA